CUAUUGUGGAAGAUUUCUAAGUGGCUCUGUUGCUGGUGAACAUGGCAAACAUAUACACAUUACGAGCGUUUUUUAGUGGUCAAUGGUCUUCAACAGCAAGACUUGAGGGCAAAACAGUUAUCAUUACUGGUGCCAACACAGGGAUCGGCAAAGAAACAGCCAAAGACCUUGCCAAAAGAGGUGCAAGGAUCAUCCUUGCAUGUAGAGAUGUUGAAAAAGCAGAAACAGCCCUGAAGGAGAUUAUUGAUGAAUCAGGAAACCAGAGUAUCGUGGUGAGAAAACUAGAUCUGUCUGACACCAAGUCUAUUAAAGAGUUUGCAGAUGUAAUUAAAAAAGAGGAGAGCCAAGUGAAUAUUCUCAUUAAUAAUGCGGGGGUUAUGAUGUGCCCUUACUCCAAGACAGCGGAUGGCUUUGAGAUGCAGUUUGGUGUAAAUCACUUAGGUCACUUCCUGUUGACGUUCCUGUUGUUGGACUUAAUCAAAAGGUCUGCCCCUGCAAGGAUCAUCAACGUCUCCUCAAUGGCACAUAGUUGGGGGACCAUCCAGUUUGAGGACAUCAACAGUGAGCAGCACUACCACAGCAGGAGAGCAUACGGACAGAGCAAACUGGCCAACAUACUCAGCACCCGCUCCCUGGCAAACAGGCUCAAGGGUUCAGGAGUGAACGUGUACGUGGUACACCCAGGAGUGGUACGCACGGAGCUGAAGAGACACAUGAACAUCCCACUGCUGAUCAUGUGGAAGGUCGUCAGGCCCUUUACCAAGACCAUAGUGCAAGGAGCCCAGACCUCCAUCUACUGCGCUGUGGAGCCAACGCUGGACACACAGAGUGGGGAAUACUACAGCAACUGUGCCCCUGCCAGCUGCUCCCGGGCAGCGAGGGAUGAUGACGUGGCGGAGAAGCUGUGGGAUCUCAGCUGCCAAAUGCUGGGAAUUACCUGGGAAUAA